AUGAAACAAUAUAUGCCCAUGAAACCUAUUAAAAGGGGUUUUAAAAUAUGGGCAUCGGCUGAUUCUGACAGUGGUUUUUUACUGAAUCUUGAGAUAUACACUGGAAAAAAAUCAAAUGGAAUACCUGAUAUACCUCUAAUAUUUAAACAUUUGUGUGAUGGUAUAUUUUCAUGUGGAACAUUUAGAGUAAACAAAAAGUAUUAUCCAAAACACUUUAUGAAAACUGAUGUUAAAUAUACUUCCGGUGACAUUGAAUAUGCCCAAAGUGAAGAUAUUGGUAUUAUGCGAUGGAAGGAUAGAGAAAGUAAACCAGUGACACUUAUUAGCAAUAUGCAAACUCUUCAGAUACAUCUACAGUACUGA